AUGUCGCAGCCAGUGCAGGUGGCCGGGUGGACCAAGGUGGCGGCGGGCGCCUUCACCCCUGACUGCAGCGGCCUGCUGCCCUUUGUGCGCCCCGCGCUGCCCGCCAGCCUGGAGGGCGGCGGCUACGUGGGCAAGGACGAGGGCGAGGAUGUCGGGGUGGAGCCGGUGGUUAGGGCCGCCGCGGCGGCCGCCGCGCUGCAGGCUGGCUGCGACGUGCUGUCGUACCGCAACAACCUCAACAAAAUCUUCGGGGUGCCGUUCGACCCGUCCUCGCCCUGGGCCGUCGACGCCUGCCUGCUGCGCCUGCCAGGCCCCGCCCCCGGCAGCGGCCGCGGAAGCAGCAGCACCGGCAGAGGCGGCGGCGGUGGCGGCAGCAUGGCGGGUAGAGAGAGCGGGGGCAGCAGCAGCCUGUCAGGCAGCGAGAGCGGCGGCGGCGGCGGCGGCACCCUGUUUUUGGACAUUGUGAAGGUGGAGCAGGCGUGGAUUGGGGACCCUGCUCAGAUGGAGAAGUUCACUCGCUGGGGGUUUGAAGCGCUGUGCACGGGUCAGGAGGUGGCAGACGCCUCCUCAGAGUACGGCGCCCUGGUGCGCAGCCGGCUGGCCCAGCACCGCCUCCUGAUCGACGCCGAGAUCGACUGCUUCGACCCGGCAGCUGCCGGGCAGCUGCCGCCAGCGGAGGAGCGGCAGCAGGCGCCAGGAGGGCAGCAGCAGAAGCGGCAGCAGCAGCCGCCGCCGCUGUCGAGCUACAUUGAGCUGAAGACGUAUAAGCUGCCGCAGCAUCCGGGGCAGCAACGCACCCUGCACCGGCACAAGCACCCCAAGUGGUGGCUGCAAAGCUUCCUGGCGGGCGUGCCCCGCCUGGCGCUGGGCGGCCGAGACGACCAGGCACGCGCGUGUGGCAUGGUUCGCCGGAUCGACCUGGUGGCGACAGCAGACCUGCCUGGCAUCUCCGCCGCGCAUGGCGCGCACUGGAGCCCCGGCCAGGCUCUGCAGUUCGGUGUGGCGGUGCUGGGGUGGAUGCGGGAGGAGGCGGGGCGGGCCCCUGGCCAGCACCUGCGCUUCACCUACGCUGGUGGCAGCGGCGGCGGCGGCGGCAGGGGCGGCGCCGCCGGCAGCAUACGCUGCGAGGUGGUGGAGGGCGGGGCCCUGCCGCAGCGCAUCAGCAGCUGCCUGCGGGAGUGCGGGCUGGAGCUGUGA